AUGUCCCACUUAGUAUCCCCGGGCUUGCAUUACUCCAAGGAUCUAGAUAGAACUCCUCACCAAUCGAUCGCUACCGCUUCUGCCAUCGCCGUAGCCCGACCGCUCGGAAGUUUUGGAACUGCAUACGCAACCCACGUCCGCCGCAUCAUCGACCCAGCGAUGCCUUUUACCCCUCUCCGCCAAGGAGAGAAUUUCAACAGGGACGAUAUGACCCCAAUCACCGUAGAUAUUGUAACCGAGUUUUUUCAUCUUGUGCUACAAGGGGAGGUAAAGAGAACUUCUAUUCCGUCUUAUGACUAUUCCGAGGACUUCUCCAGCCGUCACGUCUACUUGUUUCCAGCACUUUCAAAGAAGGGCGGGGCAACUGCGUCAUCGGAGGAAGCUGCCGCCUCCGCGAAACGGAAUGUCGCAGGUCAAAUGAGAUUGUGGCGUCUCAUUCGUCCUGUUAUCUCGAAACGAUCGAGUCAAGCUGUAUCCUGCGUAACGACCUACCACAUUUGA